AGGGAAAGAGACGGGUAGUUUGCGAGGGUGGUGCGGAAAAGAGUAAAGAGGGACGAUGAAAGCGGCGAUACUAUAGAAAACGGUGAAUACGCGAGUCUGGUGGAUACAUUGAACAUUGCGAGUUAACCUGUGCCAAGUAGCCUCUAGUAGUUCGUCUGUUUACUAUCUUAUUUUCCGCUUUUAACGUAUCGAUACGACGUUCGACAUUUGACUCGUUCGAAUGAAAAAGAUAAUUUCUUAACUUCGUGAUCCGAAAAGUAAACCGCUUCCUUGCUUUCUCCUUCUUAACUUCGAUCGUUGUUUCGUUUACCGUUGAAGGACAUUAUUGGGACAUAUGCGAGGAGAAUAGUUGAUAGAGAAAGCGAUAACUGUUGAGAGAAAGAAAGUUAUGCGAAUGAAAUCGCAAUGAAUCGUCGUUAGGGAGUUCGCGAUAGGUGUGGCGCGUAAAAAAAGGCGCGCUGUAAAGUGGUGUGCGCGCGCGAGCGUGUACCCGGUAUUUUCUGACUGUAGUAGAAUAGUAGUAGUAGUGUAGUAAUAGAGUAGUAUAGUAAUAGUAGUGGUAUAGUAAUAAGUAGUAAGAAGGUUGACGAGCGAGUGUCUCUUCUGCUAGUAUAUACAUACAUAUAUGUAUUGGAAAAUGAAGUCGGAACGUCAAAAGAGAUUUUUAUCGAGUACUUGGCACGAUAGGAGAUUGGUGUCGAUUUGGCGGCUUUCGAAUUGAGUAUUGUUAUUAUUAUUAUUAUUAUUAUUAUUAUUAUUAUUUUAUUAUCAUAAAGAAAAGUAAGAUAGAAAGAGAAAGAGAAGGAAAAAUUAUUUUACGAGUUUUUCGUCAUACGGACGUCAUAUAAAGAGGAGAGAAAAGGAAAAGCGAGAAAGAAAAAAAUAGAGAGAGAGAGAGAGGGACAACGACAGUGCAAAAGAGGAAAAGAAAUUAAAGGAAAAGUGAAGGCGGAGGGAUCGGCGGCGGAGCACCGUGUGCCGUUGCAGCACAGCGUGUGCGUGCGUCCGUGCCUAUGCGUCCAAGUCCGCCGUGCCGCGGUGAUCUUCGCAGUGGCUGCGGCCGCAGUGGUGGUGGUGGUGGCGGCGUUUGCGACGACGGUGGUGGUGGUGGCAGCGACGGCGACGGCGACGGUGACGGCGGCGGCGGAGGAGGCGGCGACGGUGACGGUAAAAGGGAAGGAGUGGAGGUGCUGGCGACGACGGUGACGGGUCGGUGGUGGUGGAGGGGGAGGAGGUUCGUCGUCGUCGUCGUCGUCGUUGUCGUUGGUAGUAGUGGUGGUGGUGGUGACGGUGGUGGUAGUGGUGGUGAUAGUAAUAGUAAUAGUAGUAGUGGUGGUAGCAGUGUUGUUGGUGGAAGGAGAAGGGAAUCGCCGUGUCGGUUUGUCGCUCUUGAGUUAGCGCGUGUGCGUGCAUCGUGCGCGCGUACGCCGCUCUCCUUUGAGGCUUGCGCGCGAGCGCGCGAGCGCGUGUGUCCGUGCUAUCCCCCCGCGCGCGCAUCCAAGGAAUUCACGAUCGAGCAACACGGAGGGACUCCCAGCAAAUGUUUAAAUGGACGCAUCGUCCAUUAUCACCCAAGUGUCGCGGGAUGACGAGCUAGGCCAGUUUAAUAACGAGAAAGUCCAAUUACCACGAGAGAAUGAAGCGGCUAGCAACGGUCCCACAGGUGGCAAGAAACCAAGAGGACGUGGACUCUUGCGUUCUCUACUAUGUUGCCUUGGUAGAGGACGAGGAAGUAGUUCUAAAAGUUCCAAAACAAGUUCGCUACAAGGAGAUGGACGAGGUUCGCCACCACCAGGAACUGGGUCCCCACGGUAUCUUUUACCGCCUGUCAGACACCAGGAUAUGCAUAAAAAGUGCAUGGUGAUCGAUUUGGAUGAGACACUUGUGCACAGUUCUUUCAAACCGAUCAACAAUGCGGAUUUUGUUGUUCCUGUAGAAAUUGAUGGAACAGUACACCAAGUGUAUGUCUUAAAGAGGCCUUAUGUCGAUGAAUUUUUGCAGAGGAUGGGAGAACUAUACGAAUGUGUAUUGUUCACAGCAAGUUUAGCUAAGUAUGCUGAUCCUGUAGCUGAUCUACUAGACAGGUGGGGAGUGUUUAGAGCAAGAUUAUUCAGAGAGUCGUGUGUUUUUCAUAGAGGGAAUUAUGUUAAAGAUUUAAAUAAGCUGGGAAGAGAUCUACAACAAAUAAUUAUUGUCGAUAACAGCCCUGCUAGUUAUAUCUUUCAUCCAGAUAAUGCGGUUCCAGUGACAUCCUGGUUUGAUGACAUGACGGACUCAGAACUAUUAGAUUUAAUUCCAUUCUUCGAGAAACUUAGUAGCGUGGAGAACAUUUAUACAGUUUUGUGCAACAGCAACCAUCCAUAUAAUCAAGUAUCAACAACGAUACAAAACAGUCCCAGUCCUGGAUCAGGUUCGCUUGGUGCUUCCUAGCCCCACCUAUGUUCUGGUCAAGUGACCAGUCUUGUUAUCACUCGAUGUGCAUUAAGGAGAAUCUUAACUGAUUUGUCCAAUGCUAACCACUUAUUGUGCUGCGAUGGAUAAUCGGGUAUGCUUAGUUAGAUAUUUUAUCUAAGGCCAAAAGUAUACCCGUAUUAUUAGUUUCUGGGUGAAUAAGAUUUCUGCGUAUCGUUUCCCUGUUAUAUAUAAUAAUAGUGCAACAUUAAUUGCACUUCGCUUUAUCGUUGCCUUCGAUUUUUCUUCCUAAUAAAAACAAGCAGCAACGCGAUGGAGAAGAACUAACGUUUACAAAAAAAGAAGAAAGGAAAUAGAAACAAACAAAAACAAAAAAGAAAGAAAGAAAGAAAUAGAUAGAGACGACGAAAUAAUGAUAAAAUGAUUUUUAUUUUUAAAUAAUAGGCACACCAAUCGGCGGCGCUCAUUCUGUUACAUUUUAAUUCAUUCAAAACGGGUUUUGUUUUAAACGUGAUAGAAUUUUUUUCCCAACGAUCAUCGAACAAAAAUAAGAAAUCGAUAAAUGCUUCGGUAUGAUUAGUUAACCCUUUGACUGUGGUGCAUUCUCGCACGAAACCGUCGAUAUUUAUAUGAGGUGCGAUAUUCGUAUGUCAGUCGCUGUGUGACUGACUCUCGCACAUCGUUAUGCUCAUUUAUUUAUCCUUUUCUAUAGAGGACGUACGUAUAUGUACGUCUUUCGUAGUCAAAGGAUUAACUCAAUGUACGUACGCAAAUGCGUGAUUUAUAUCUUUGAUACUGAUUAAAGUGAAGAGAGAAAGAAAGGAA